CUUUUAAAGGCAACUGCCCGCCCUGUCCUGCUUGCCUGUGCUGUGCCUGCAUCUCAAGAGUUCACUGCCGAGCGACUGCUAUAGCCACUUCUGACUUCUGUCCUGGACAGUGAGCUCACCAGCCACAGCCAGCCAUGGCAGAGCCCUGGGGCCGCCUCCUGCUCUGCUUCCUGGUCUUCUGGCUGUCAGGCUCCAGCUUUACCAGGGGACAGAAGGUGCGGUCCAAGCACUGCGAUGUGAAGACCAAGUUCAUCACGCACACACCCUGUACCUCGUGCGCUGUUAAGAAGUGGAUGUGUCCCUCGGGCUGGCUGCUUCAGCGUUUCCCAGACAGGGCAUCCCAGAACUGCCGCUAUGAGGUGCAGCUAGGGGACUCGCUGAUGUCCAUGAAUGGCUGCAGCAUGGAGUGCUGGAAGGAUGUGGUACAGAAGGCCUGCUGUCCUGGCUACUGGGGCUCCCAGUGCUAUGAGUGCCCCGGGGGUGCUGAGACCCCAUGCAAUGGUCACGGGACCUGCCUGGAUGGCAUGGCUGGGAACGGGACCUGUGUGUGCCAGGAAAACUUCAGGGGCUCAGCCUGCCAGGAAUGCCAGGACCCCCGCCGGUUUGGGACCGACUGCCAAUCUGAGUGCAGCUGUGUGCACGGGGUGUGCAGCAGUGGGCCUCAGGGGAACGGAAGCUGUCUGUGCUUUGCUGGGUACACGGGCCCCCGCUGCAACCAAGAGCUGCCUGCCUGCCAGAACCUGAACUGCCCCCCAAACUCCCAGUGCUCCCCAGAGGCUCCUGCCUGCAGGUGCCUGCCUGGCUACACCUUGAAGGACAGCAGAUGCGUAGCUCCUAACCCCUGCCACCCAUCACCUUGUUCCUCGAUCGCCCAUUGCUCUGUGAGUCCUGAGGGACAUGCUCAGUGUCGCUGCCCCGAGAACUACCAUGGUGACGGCAAAGUGUGUCUGCCCUACGACCCAUGCACUGCCAACUUUGGUGGCUGCCCCCGCAACUCUACUGUGUGUGUAUACCAGAAGCCAGGCAAGGCCACUUGCUCGUGUCAACCAGGCCUGGUCAGCGCUAACCACAAUGCCUCUGCGGGCUGCUUUGCCUACUGCUUCCCCCACUCCUGUGACAAGUCAGCCACUUGCCAAGUGACCCCCGAAGGGAGGACCAGGUGUCAGUGCAAGGCGGGCGAGGUGGGGGAUGGGCGCGCCUGCUAUGGACACCUGCUCCAUGAGGUCCAGAAGGCCAACGAGAUGGGCACGCUGUUCCAACGGCUAAAGGUCACUGUCACCAUGCUAGAGCAGGGCUGCCAGGAGAUUGUCACCACAUCGGGCCCAUUCACAGUGCUGGUGCCAUCUACCAUCUCCUCCAUCUCCUCCCGAAACAUGAACGUGACACUGGCCCAGCAGCUCUGCCGACAGCACAUCAUCGCGGGACAGCACAUCCUGGAGGAUGGGGGGCUGCCAAGCACACAGAGGUGGUGGACGCUGGCUGGCCAGGAAAUAACCGUCACCUUCAGCCGCACGAGGUACACCUACCAGUACAAGGACCAGCCCCAGCAGACAUUCAUUAUCCUCAAGGCCAACAACAUCGCUGCCAAUGGUGUCUUCCAUGUGGUCACUGCUCUGCGGUGGCAGCCUCCGCCUGCACUCCCUGGGGACCUCAAGGUGUUGCCUGGGCUCCCUGGGGACCCUAAGCACACCAUUGCCCAGAUCCUUUCCUCUAAUGAGGCCUUCAGCCGGUUUGAGACCAUUCUGGAGAACUGUGGCCUACCCUCCAUCCUGGAUGGGCCUGGGCCUUUCACAGUCUUUGUGCCAAGCAAUGAGGCUGUGGACAGCUUGCGUGACGGCCGUCUGAUCUACCUUUUCACGGAGGGUCUCUCCAAACUGCAGGAACUGGUGAGGUACCACAUCUUCAGCCGUGGCCAGAUGACUGUUGACAAGCUCAUUGCCAAGAGGCGGAUUCUCACUAUGGCAAACCAGGUCCUGGCUGUGAAUAUCUCCAAUGAGGGGCGCAUCCUGCUGGGACCUGAAGGCAUCCCUCUGCGGCGUGUGGACAUGCUGGCUGCCAACGGUGUCAUUCACAUGCUGGAGGGUGUCCUGCUGCCCCCAACCAUCCUGCCCAUCCUGCCUAAGCACUGUGAUGAGGAGCAGCACGAGAUCGUGAUGGGCUCCUGUGUGGACUGUCAAGCCCUAAAUACCAGUGUGUGUCCCCCAAACAGCGUGAAGCUGGACAUCUUCCCCAAGGAGUGUGUCUACACCCACAGUGCUCUCGGGUUCAGCGUGCUGAAGAAGGGCUGUGCACACAACUGCAACCAGACUAUCACGAAGCGUGGCUGUUGCAAAGGGUUUUUUGGGCCUGACUGCACCCAGUGUCCCGGAGGAUUCUCCAGCCCCUGCUACGGCAAAGGCAACUGCAGCGAUGGGAUCCGGGGCAGUGGCGCCUGCCUCUGCUUCCCAGACUACAAAGGCAUCGCCUGCCACGUCUGCUCCAACCCAAACAAGCAUGGAGACCACUGCCAGGAAGACUGUGGCUGUGUCCAUGGUCUGUGUGACAACCGUCCGGGCAGUGGAGGGGUAUGUCAACAUGGCACAUGUGCCCCUGGCUUCAGUGGCCACUUCUGUAACGAGACAGUGAGGGACUGUGGCCCCCCAGGGCUGGCUCAGCGCUGCCACCCACACGCCCGCUGCAUCAGCCAGGAUGGGGUCUCCAGGUGUGUCUGUCUAGAUGACUUCGAGGGCGAUGGCUACUCCUGCACCCGCCGGCACCCCUGCUCCCAGCCAGACCGUGGUGGCUGCUCAGAGAACGCUGAGUGUGUCCCUGGUGACCUGGGCAACCACAACUGCACAUGCCACAGAGGCUGGAGCGGGGACGGCCGUGUCUGUGUGCCCAUUGAUGAAUGUGGACUGGACACUCGAGGUGGCUGCCAUGCAGAUGCCCUCUGCAGCUAUGUGGGCCCGGGGCAGAGCCGAUGCACCUGCAAGCUGGGCUUCGCCGGGGAUGGCUACCAGUGUAGUCCUAUUGACCCCUGCAGGGCAGGCAACGGAGGCUGCCACGACCUGGCCACCUGCAAGGCAGUAGGGGGCGGUCAGCGAGUCUGUACAUGUCCCCCUCAUUUUGGGGGCGAUGGUUUCAGUUGCUAUGGAGACAUCAUCCGGGAACUGGAGGCAAAUGCUCACUUCUCCACCUUCUACCAGUGGUUCAAGAGUGCCGGCAUCACCCUUUCUGCUGACAGCCGAGUCACAGCCCUGGUGCCCUCUGACUUUGCCAUCCGUAGGCUGAGCCCUGAGAACAAAUCCUUCUGGCUGCAGCCGAAGAUGCUGCCAUACCUGGUCAGGGCCCAUUUUCUCCAGGGUACCCUCUCUGAGGAGGACCUGGCCCGGCUAGGUGGACAGGACGUGGCCACACUGAACCCUACCAUGCGCUGGGAGAUUCGCAACAUCAGUGGGAGGGUCUGGGUGCAGAAUGCCAGUGUGGACGUGGCUGACCUCCUUGCCACCAAUGGUGUCCUACACAUCAUCAACCAGGUCUUGCUGCCUCUGCGAGGGGACGUGCAGGUUGGGCAGGGGGUUCUGGAGCGGCUGGGUCAGGUGCCCACUUUCCGCCUCUUCAGGGAGCUACUGCAGCACCACAGCCUGGUGCCCCAGCUUGAGGCUGCCACUGCCUAUACCAUCUUUGUGCCCACAAACCAAUCUCUGGAGGCCCAAGGGAACAGCAGCAGCCUGGAUGCAGACACAGUGCUACACCACGUGAUCUUGGGGGAGGCGCUCUCCAUGGAAGCCCUGCAGAAGGGGGGACACCGCAACUCCAUGCUGGGUCCAACCCACUGGCUUGUCUUCUACAACCACAGUGGCCAGCCUGAGGUGAACCACAUGCCCCUGGAAGGGCCCUUUCUGAAGGGUCCUGGAUACUCGCUGUUUGGCCUGUCGGGGGUCCUGACUGUGGGUAGGAGCCGCUGCAUGCUCAGCCACACGGAGGCCCAGCGGGAGAAAUGCGUAAGCUGCUCCCGGAAAUUCCGCUGUACUCAGGGCUACCAGCUGCAGGACACGCCCAGGAAGAGCUGCGUGUACAGGGCAGGCCUUGCCAUCUCCCGGGGCUGCUCCUACACCUGUGUCAAAAAGAUCCAGGUGCCUGAUUGCUGCCCUGGCUAUUUUGGCACACUGUGUGAGCCAUGCCCCAGGGGCCUGGGAGGUGUGUGCUCAGGCCACGGGCAGUGCCAGGACAGGUUCCUGGGCAACGGGGAGUGCCGCUGCCAUGAGGGCUUCCAUGGGACGGCCUGCGAGAUGUGCGAGCUGGGCCGCUAUGGACCCAACUGCACGGGAGUGUGCAACUGUGCCCACGGACUCUGCCAGGAGGGGCUGCGAGGGAACGGAAGCUGUGUCUGUAACGUGGGGUGGCAGGGUCUCCGCUGUGACCAGAAAAUCACUGGUCCUCAGUGUGAGGAGAAAUGUGACCCCAAUGCCAACUGCAUGCAGAGCUCAGCUGGAGCCCCUGCCUGUGUCUGUGCUGCGGGAUAUUCGGGCAAUGGCAGCUACUGUUCAGAGGUGGAUCCCUGUGCCCACGGCCAUGGAGGCUGCUCCCCCCAUGCCAGCUGCACCAAAGUGGCUCCUGGGCAGCGAACGUGCACCUGCCAGGAUGGCUACACAGGUGACGGGGAGCUGUGCCAAGAGGUUAACAGCUGUCUCAACCACAAUGGAGGCUGCCACAUUCAUGCUGAAUGCAUUCCCACAGGCCCUCAGCAGGUGUCCUGCAGCUGCCAUGAGGGUUACAGUGGAGAUGGGAUCCGGACCUGUGAGCUUCUAGACCCCUGCUCCAAGAACAAUGGAGGCUGCAGCCCUUAUGCUGUGUGCAAAAGCACAGGGGAUGGCCAGAGAACGUGCACCUGUGAUGCAGCCCGGACAGUGGGAGACGGCUUCACCUGCCGCACUCGCGUGGGCCUGGAACUCCUCCGGGACAAGAAUGCCUCAUUCUUCAGCCUCCAUCUGCUGGAAUACAGGGAGCUCAAGGGUGACGGGCCCUUCACAAUCUUCGUGCCUCAGGCAGAUCUGAUGACCAACAUGUCGCAAGAAGAGCUGGCUCGGAUUCGGGCACAUCGCCAGAUGGUAUUCCGCUACCACGUGGUCGGCUGCCGGCGGCUGUGGAGCCCGGACCUGCUGGAGCAGGAGUACGCCACGGCGCUCUCAGGGCACUCGCUUCGCUUCAGCGAGAGGGAGGGCAGUAUUUACAUCAACGACUUCGCACGGGUGGUGAGCAGCGACCAUGAGGCGGUCAAUGGGGUCCUGCACUUCAUCGAUCAAGUCCUGUUGCCACCAGACGUAGUAUACUGGGAGCCCGGUGCUGUCACCGUCCCCCGGAAGAACCUCACCAUCACCACCGCUGCAGACAGCUUUGGUUACAAGACCUUCAGCCACCUGGUGAAGAUGGCCGGCCUCCUACCCAUGCUCCAAGAUGCAUCCCAUCGGCCCCUCACAAUGCUGUGGCCUACGGAUGCUGCCCUGCAGGCCCUGCCCCCUGAUCGGCAGGCCUGGCUGUACCAUGAGGACCACCGUGACAGGCUGGCAGCCAUUCUCCGUGGCCAUGUCAUCCGUAAUAUGGAGGCCUUGGCAUCCGACCUGCCCAACCUGGGCCUACUCCGAACGAUGCAUGGGACUCCCAUCUCCUUCUCCUGCAGCCGUGGCAGGCCUGGUGAGCUCAUGGUGGGUGAGGAUGAUGCCCGGAUCGUACAACGGUACCUGGCCUUUGAGGGUGGCCUGGCCUAUGGCAUCGACCAGCUGCUGGAGCCCCCUGGCCUUGGUGCUCGCUGCGAUCGCUUUGAGACACGACCACUGCGACUGAAGAUCUGCAGCGUCUGUGGGCAGGAGCCACCCUGUCCUGAAGGCUCUCGGGAGGAGGGUAGCACUGAGACCUGUUGGCGCUACCCAAAGCUCUGGACAAACGCUCUACUGCAUCCCUUCAUGCUUGGUGGUGUAUGGGUGCGGCCCAGCUACUGGGGUCAGCCUCAGAGCUUGGACAGGGGUUGCCAGCGCUCCUGUGUCACCACCAUCUGGAAGCCUACCUGCUGUCCUGGCCACUAUGGCAGUGAGUGCCAAGCUUGUCCUGGUGGCCCCAGCAGCCCCUGUAAUGACCAUGGUGUGUGCCUGGAUGGCAUGAAUGGCAGUGGGCAAUGUAAAUGUCAUUUGGGUUUUGCUGGGAUGGCCUGUGAACUCUGCGCCCCGGGUGCCUUUGGACCCCAAUGCCAAGCCUGCCGCUGCAUGCCACAUGGCCGCUGUGAUGAGGGCCUUGGGGGCUCUGGUUCCUGCUUCUGUGAUGAAGGGUGGACUGGGCCACACUGUGAGGUGCAGCUGGAGUUGCAGCCCGUGUGUACCCCACCCUGUGCAUCCCAGGCCAUGUGCCGUGCAGGCAACCACUGCGAGUGUGGCUUGGGCUAUGAAGGUGAUGGCCGUGUGUGCACAGUGGCAGACCUGUGCCAGGAUGGGCAUGGUGGCUGCAGUGAACAUGCCAACUGCAGCCAGGUAGGCACAGUGGUCACGUGUGCCUGCCUGGCCAACUAUGAGGGCGAUGGCUGGAGCUGCCGGCCCCGCAACCCCUGUGCGGACAGCCAUCGUGGGGGCUGCAGCGAGCACGCUGACUGCCUGUACACUGGCCCAAACACCCGGCGCUGUAAAUGCCACGCAGGCUACGUGGGUGAUGGAUUACAGUGUCUAGAAGAAGCGGAGCCGCCUGUGGACCGCUGUCUGGGCCGGCCGUCACCCUGCCAUUCGGAUGCAGUGUGCACUGACCUGCACUUCCAGGAAAAGUGGGCUGGUGUCUUCCACCUCCAGGCCACCAGUGGCCAAUAUGGCCUGAACUUCUCAGAGGCUGAGGCAGCCUGUGGGGCCCAGGGAGCUGUCCUUGCUUCAUUCUCUCAGCUUUCUGCUGCCCAGCAGCUGGGCCUCCACCUCUGCCUAGUGGGCUGGCUGGCCAAUGGUUCUGCUGCCCAUCCUGCUGUGUUCCCUGCAGCAGACUGUGGUGAUGGUCAGGUAGGUGUGGUCAGCUUAGGCACCCGAAAGAACCUCUCGGAGCGCUGGGAUGCCUACUGCUACCGUGUACAAGACGUGGCUUGCCGAUGUCGGGACGGCUUUGUGGGAGAUGGUAUCAGCGUGUGUAAUGGGAAGCUGCUUGAUGUACUGGCUGCCACUGCCAACUUCUCUACCUUUUAUGGGAUGCUGCUGGACUAUGCCAAUGCCACCAAGCGAGGUCUGGACUUCCUGGGUUUCCUGGAUGAUGAGCUUACUUACAAGACACUCUUCGUCCCUGUCAACGAAGCCUUUGUGAAUAACAUGACGCUGAGCGGCCCAGACCUUGAACUCCAUGCUUCCAAUACCACCUUCCUGCACACAAACGCCACGCAGGGGACCUUGCUCCCUGCCCACUCAGGUCUCAGCCUUGUCAUCAGUGACGUGGGCCCUGACAAUAGUUCUUGGGCCCCUGCGGCUCCAGGGACGGUUGUGGUUAGGCAUAUCAUCGUGUGGGACAUCAUUGCCUUCAAUGGCAUCAUUCACGCUCUGGCCAGCCCCCUCAUGUCGCCUCCACAGGCUGGGGCAGUAAUAGUACCCGAGAGCCUGCCUGUGGCAGCAAGUGUUGGGGCUGUGGUAGUCAUUGGAGCACUGCUCUGUUUGGUGGCAGCAGCUCUCUACCUCCGAGUUCGAGGCAAGCCUGCUGGGUUUGGCUUUUCCACCUUCCAGGCAGAGGAUGAUGCUGAUGAUGACUUCGCUCCAUGGCAAGAAGGGCACCCAACCCUUGUCUCUGUACCUAAUCCUGUUUUUGGCAGCCACGAUGCUGUCUGUGAGCCCUUUGAUGACUCACUCCUUGAGGACGACUUCCCUGACACUCAGAGGAUCCUUGCUGUCAAGUGAUGGGCUGAGGUCAAGCAGAGCAUGUGGGAAGUGACCACUUUUAUUGCUUUUCUGGACAGAGGCCCAGUGUGGAUGGGGCAGGAGGGAGUGGGGGUCUGUCCUGGAUAAUAAAGGUACCCUCAGCGGA